GUUAGCGAAAGCGGGACUGUGGGGCAGAUGUGUCUAUCACAUCCGACUUGAGAUAUAUCUGACUGUUGUCUUAUUCCCUUGAUUGGGUGUUAUAGGAAACUACUAGCGGUGCUUACCCAGAGAUUCUUUCCUUAAUUCCCUGAUGAGAACUGCUGUCAUAUAAUUUGCAUUGACAUAAUAACCAUUCGGGGCAACAGGAGGCCUGAAAAUGCCUAAAAAGAAGACUGGUGCACGCAAGAAGGCAGAAAACCGCAAGGAAAGAGAAAAACAAUUGAAAGCAGCUCGGGGCAAUGUGGACCUGGCUAAACAUCCAUGUAAUUCAUCCAUGGAAUGUGACAAAUGUCAGAGGCGACAGAAGAACAGGGCAUUUUGCUAUUUUUGCAGUUCUGUGCAAAAGCUUCCAAUGUGUGCCCAUUGUGGAAAAACAAAAUGCAUGAUGAAGUCUUCUGACUGUGUAAUUAAACACCCCGCAGUGUACAGCACGGGUAUGGCAAUGGUGGGUGCCAUUUGUGAUUUCUGUGAAGCUUGGGUAUGUCAUGGAAAGAAGUGUCUGAGCAGUCACGCCUGCACCUGUCCCCUCAUCUCUGCCGAUUGUAUUGAGUGUGAACGUGCUGUGUGGGACCAUGGUGGACGCAUUUUUAGCUGCUCUUUUUGUUAUAACUUCCUUUGUGAAGACGACCAGUUUGAACACCAAGCCAGUUGCCAAGUGCUUGAAGCAGAGACUUUCAAAUGUGCUUCUUGCAAUCGCCUAGGACAGCAUUCAUGUCUCCGUUGCAAGGCCUGCUUCUGUGAUGAUCAUGUGCGAAGCAAAGUUUUCAAGGCUGAAAAGGGAAAAGAACCCCCCUGCCCUAAAUGUGGCCAUGAGACUCAGGAGACCAAGAAUCUUAGCAUGUCAACACGUUCCCUUAAGUUUGGCAGGCAGACUGGCACAGAGGAAGAAGACGGGGCAUCCGGUUAUGAGAACUACUGGAAAAAUCUUGCAUCUGGUGGAAACAAUGAUGAUUAUGAUGAAGAGGAGGAUGAUGAAGAAGCAGACGAGGAAGAGUAUGAAGAAGACUCUGAUACAGAAGCCUCAAAGCCAUUCAGCCACUUGCAUUUAGGCAGAACGUAUGCCAGUGGCUAUGCCGACUAUGAGGAGACUGAAGACUGAUACUCUAUAUGAAUGUAUCAUUUGUUAACAAUAAAUAAUUGCUAACUAAA